AUUUUGGACGGUGGCCCAGAAAAGACCAGAAGAAGGCGAGAAAUUGAGUCACUCGUUUUCAGCGACCCAGACUUUAAGGAAGAAGACCCAAACUUCUUGUCCCGCAGUGAGCGCUAUGACCAAGCCGUUAGAAAAAGUGCCCAAAUGAUCCUGAAGCUCAGAGAGUAUGGUAUUGCUGACCCAGAGGAGAUCUACCACUAUAAGAGAUGUGUGCACCCUGACAGGCCAGAGCCCCUGGAUCUUCAUCUCGGGAUGUUCCUGCCCACACUACUCAACCAGGCCACUCCAGAGCAAAUGGACCGUUUCUUCAUGCCCGCCUGGACCCUAAAGAUCAUCGGCACCUACGCUCAGACUGAGAUGGGCCACGGCACACACCUUAGAGGGCUGGAGACCACAGCCACAUAUGAUCCAGCCACUCAAGAGUUUGUCUUGAACAGUCCCACUGUGAGCUCCAUCAAGUGGUGGCCCGGAGGACUUGGGAAAACCUCCAACCAUGCCAUAGUGUUAGCACAGCUUUACACUCUUGGAAACUGCCAUGGUCUGCAUGCUUUCAUCGUACCCAUCAGAGAUAUGAACACACAUUUACCCCUGCCAGGUAUUGUUGUUGGCGACAUUGGCCCCAAGUUUGGCUUCAAUGAGGUUGACAACGGCUUCCUGAAAUUGGAGAACGUACGAAUUCCACGGGAGAACAUGCUGAUGAAAUACGCCAAGGUGGAGCCAGAUGGAACCUAUGUGAAACCACCAAGUACUAAGCUGACCUACGGCACCAUGGUGUUCAUCCGCUCCAUGAUUGUCGCCGAGUCAGCUCGAGCCCUUGCAAAGUCCUCCACCAUUGCCAUCCGCUACAGUGCCGUGCGUCACCAGUCUGAAAUACGGCCAGGGUCAGUGGACAGUUGAUUGCUGUCAAUGCAAACAUUUGCACAAACAUCUCCCUGUCACAGAACCAUAUAUUUGUUCCCAUUUCUUAAGUUUAAUUCAUUCAUAGCUAUGAAUUAAUCUGUUUCACUUGCUUUGCUCUCUAAUUCACAGCUCCAUGCCUUGUCUGCGGGUUUGAAGGCCUUCACCUCAUGGGAAGCGACCUCAGCCAUCGAGGUGUGCCGCAUGUCAUGUGGUGGCCACGGUUACUCUCGAAGCAGUGCCUUGCCGGACAUUUAUGUUGAGUUUACCCCUACCUGCACCUACGAAGGAGAGAAUACAGUCAUGAUGCUGCAGACUGCCAGAUACCUGGUGAAGAGCUACAAACAGGCUAAGGCAGGCCAGCAGCUGAGCGGCAUUGUGUCAUACCUGAAUGAAGCAGAUGUGCGGAGGGUGCAGCCACAGCCCGUCGCUGCCAGGCCAACAGUGGUUGACAUCAAUGACCUGACUAGCCUGACGGAGGUCUACAAACUCCGAGCAGCCAUUCUAGUGGAGCUGGCAGCGAAGAGCAUCCAGCAGGAGCUGCAACGCAGGAAGAGUCAGGAGGAUGCCUGGAACAACAGCGCCAUUGACCUGGUCAGAGCCUCAAAUGCCCACUGUCACUAUGUUGUAGUGAAACUCUUUACUGACAAGCUUGGGGAGGUUGCUGAUACUGCAGUACACUCAGUGCUGUCAACCCUGGCUCUGCUCUACACCCUGUAUGGCAUCACAAAGAACUCUGGAGACUUCCUACAGGCUGGACUGCUGAGUGUGCCUCAGGUGAUGCAGAUUUCUAGUCGAAUCAAGGAGCUGCUGGCUCAGCUGAGGCCCAACGCUGUGGCCCUGGCGGAUGCCUUUGACAUCCACGACAAGAAGCUGAAUUCGGUCCUGGGACGAUACGAUGGGAAUGUUUAUGAGCACAUGUUCGAGUGGGCUCGCAAAUCCCCCCUCAAUGCUACAGAGGUACACGAAUCUUUCCACAAGUACCUGAAGCCUCUGCGGUCCAAACUGUGAACUGAUCCAUGAACUUCACCUCCUGGCCGGACCCUUUGACUCUGCAGGCUCAACAGUACUAAUCUACCCCAUGAUGCUUUUUACUAGCUACCAGCUGGUAUAUUUCAAAUAUUAGCCCUCUUAAGGCCAUGGUAGAUGGCGAACUAACCCUAUAAGAUAGUAGAGAGUGAGAGAAGGGAAUUUAAAGUGAGUAGAUGUGUCUUAUGAAGGGAAAUGGAAAUGCAACCAAGACUGAAAAUUGAUAAAGUGAGCCCACUGAGAGACCUGAAGAAUAGCUUUAACACUAACAAUCACACAUUUACAAUUUUAGACUGACCUGCCUUUUGAACAGAACAUCUACUGCAAAGUAUUAUUUGUGGUCAGUUUUUUGUUUUUGUUUUUUUGUUUUUUUUUUUCCCUCAAUUUCUUUGCUGCAUGCCUGAAAUUUCCUUUUUUCUUCUCCCUCUCUCUUCUAGCAAGUACAGAAUGUCUGAUUGUUACAUAAUGUGGGCAAUCGGCUAAUGGUAAAAUCAGGGUGACAAACUGUUGUUCUUAAUUAUUUGAAGAGGCUUUUGUUUGUCCAUAACAUUUCUCAAUCAUGGUACUGCUUAAGGAGUAGUUUCACAUCAGUGAUUCAACCAAGAUUCAACCAAUAACAUGGCAGACUUCCGUUUGUUUCAGAUACAAUUUUCGAUUUAAAAACUUUUUCAUAAAGAGAGCUUCUUCAGUCACUUAUUGUAAUAAAAUGAUCGUAAAAGUCACUGCUAACUGAUGGCUCACUUGAAAUCUGUGAUUUUUGUUUUAGUAUCAAAUGUUCAGCAUCUGUACCCCAGAAAUGUGGCCGUUUUUUAACAGCAUCUGCUGCAGUCGUCUGUAAACCCAGGUCACCAGCUGUAGUCCCCACAAGCCUUUAACUGCCUAAAUCCUCCAGUUGUCUUAUUUCAGUCAAAAAGGUGAAUCUGUCUGCCUCUUCUCUUAUGUCUUAUUCCGCAUCUGUUCCCACACAAUGACCAACAUUAUGUCACAUGGCAAGUCUGCCGUAUUGGUGCUCCAUAAAUAGGAGCUGAGCUCACUGGACAGCUGAGAGGCGGUGUGCACAUUUGAGACGGUGGAAAAAAUUUGGGGCUGAGAGAAGAUCAAGUUCAGCACGCUAGGAUUCUCAAAGCUUCCGUUUCUGACAGUAUCGGCUCUGUAUCUGUAAAUGCUCAGCAUGAUUAUGUUAAGGUCUGGAUGGAUUUUUUGUUUUUUCAUUUAUUCUAACAUAUUUCAAUCUAAGAAAUAUAAAUGAAUUUGUUUACUAAAAUUUUCCUUUUAUCUCAGAGUGCAAUUGUUUAAGUGAUGCUGCAAAGCAGUAAAAUUACUUUUUUUUUUUUUUUUUUACUUUUUUUUUGUUUUUGGUAAAUGACUUGUUGAGCUUAAAUCUAAAACCUCGCUGUAGAUGAUGAUGAUUUUGUAUAAUAAUUAUGUGCCUGACCAUUAAUUCAGAAUGUUAUCACAUGACUCCUUCUGUUUCGAUCCUGUAUUUAAUGGUUUGGGUCUGCUGUAAGUUCUGAUGACAAAGUUGUUCGUAACACUGGUCUUCUAAUUUGUGCAGUCAUUGUGGGUGGGGAGGAGUUUUAUUUUCUUCUUCUUGACUCUUAAUUCAGAAUAUUCUCACAAGUAAUUGCAUUUCAUUUGUGUUGUUUUUUUUCACAAAACUAUUUUGAUUUGUUAAACGGUCACAAUGAUCACUAUGUAAGAGUAAGCUGUUUGAGGUUUGUUUUUUUUCUUUUUUAAAAGCUAAAAUAAAAACAUGUUUCAAUGAGUAAGAACAGUUUUUAUGGUUGGAAAAUAAAAACAUGACCUGAAAUAUCA